AUGGCGUCGCCGUCCUUAGACAACACAGAGAGUUCCUUGGUCUUUAAGAGUGAGAGGCUGAAGACUUUCUUCGAACCUAAAGUGGACGGUACGUGUGGAUUUGUCAAGUUCUGGUCGGCCGCUGCAGACAUCACUCCGGAAGAACUAGCUAAGGACGGAUUCUACUUUCUGAAGAAGGACGAUCACUGUGCGUGUAUCUUCUGUCGAAGGAUAAUAGGAGCAUGGGAAGGAGAUACAGUGAGAGGCGAGCACCAGAGGCACUUUCCUCGUUGUCCUUUCAUCAGAGAGGCUUCGUUUACCUCCUCGCCUUGGUCGAUGGUUAUGAAGAAAAAGAUGUCGUUCUCUGGUUUCUACUUAACCUACCUCAGCGAUCAAGUGCGCUGCUUUAAGUGCGGACUGGGCCUAAGAAACUGGUCAGACAGUAUGGACCCCUUAGAGAUGCAUGCCGAAUACUCUCCUGACUGCACGGUGGUCAAACUUUUGAAUGGACCUUUAACAUCCAAGACCCACCACGAUAGGAAGAAGAUGGUGGACGAUACACUGGUGGAUCAAGUGAUUGAACAAGGGGACAUUGAGAGGCACGUGAUAGCUAUGGGGUUCCCUUUCGAUGAUGUCAAGGCGGCCGUGAAAAAGAGACUCUUGGGCCAGUCAAAUUCUACAGAGUUGCAGAAUGUACAGAAGCUGUUUGCGUCAGCAUGGAACAGAGGGCGAGGGUCGAGCAGGUCGUCGGGCAAACCUUAG